AUGUCUACGAGGAAAGUCCGAGUCAAGAAGUUGAGCGUCAAGACGCUGCUUCCGGUACUCAGAGAAGAUGAUAUCGAUCCUAGCGAAUACGAAUCUUUGACCACCGAGUCUCAAAUCGCGACCGGUGUCGAGGCCGCUGAAGAAACUGAAUACCAUCUUCAGUCCAUUCUUAAGGAGGCAGGCACUAGCAAUGAUCAGGAAAUUCCUGUACCGCCUCCUCAGGAGAGUCAGAUCAACUAUGAUCAACUCUACCCCAGUCACUUCCGCCAACCUACCUCAUAUAUUCGCUUUUCACAAACCGUCGAAGAAUGCAUAGGCGUUUCCUAUGACAUGACAACUGAGGACGACGAAUUUUUGAAGCAGUACAACUCAACAAAGAAAACUGUUGCCUCACAGCUGUCCGAAGAUGACUUUGAGCGCAUCAUGGAGGUGUUCGAGGAAAUUGCCUCAGAACAAACUCCUUUCGCAUCAAUAGACAACACGGUGGUUGCCUAUGAUGUUAUGGUCCCUUCGCUCAGCCAGCUCGGUAGUCAGAAACUGACGGCGCAUGCCAAGCACGUGUAUGAACACUGGAGGUCGCGCCGGCAAGCAAUCGGUAACAAGCCUCUGCAUCCGAGUGUCAAAUUCGAGACGCACCAAGAGAGUGACGAGGCCGAUCCUUAUGUCUGCUUCAGGCGGCGCGAGGCCAGGCAAACCCGCAAGACAAGGCAGAGGGAUGUCCAGAGCGCCGAGAAACUCAAACGACUUCGCAGAGAGCUCGAGGAUGGACGGCAACUCAUCAUCCACUCGUAUGAGCGAGAGAUGUUGAAACGCGAAGCCUUGAAUUUGGACCGCUUAAUCUUUGAGCAGCGGGCUAAGCUGAAGGAGAUGAAGGUCAAGCUUGGUAUCAAAACCGAGGACGAAGACCUCAUCAACCAAAAGCCUCAGAAAAAGAAGCCAGUGGAGGCACCUGCACUGCAGAGACCGCCCGGCAACCACCUCCGUAUUGCUGUACGGCCCGAUGGGCGUUCCAUGGAAGCAGAUCUGUUGCAGCUGGCAGACAAGCUUGCAGAGAAGGAGAACGAACUGCGUGCGGACGUUGAGAAUAAGAUUCACAACCACCGCAAGUGGAACCAGAACCACGUGGAUGUCACCCGAGAUCCCUUAUCCCCAGUCAAGGAGCAGGGCAUGGAAGUGAACUUCAGGCCCGCCAAGACCCAAUAUCUUAUGACUCCUCCUGCGUCUACAUCGUCUGAGUCGGACGCCAUGGAUAUCGACGAUGAAGAGCCUUUCGCAGAGAAGAGCAAUAUGUCGGUAUUCCAGUUCACUGCAGGUGGCGCAGGCGGCAAAGAGCAGCCACCAAACAGUCAACCAGCAUUCCGCCGUCGUAUUGGACGGUUGAAUAGACUGUGGAUAGAUCGUCGGGGUAUGACAACACCGCCGAGAAUCGAAGGCGAGGAGUACUCGGACCGGUGGAAGUAUGACCAGGACGACGAGGACGAGACACCGGUGUAUGACCUGGAUCCGUAUGACACCCGGGCGUUGAAGUUCCGCGCAACGAUCCCGUUGUCGCAGUAUGUGUAUCCGAGGCGGCAAAUACCACAAGAGGGUUUGGUGAACGGCCAGGUGCCCCCGCAAGCCGCAGGAGUUGCCGGCAGCAGGCCGGCGCUACCGCAGCCUCCGGUUCCGCAGCCGCAACAGUCGCAGCAACCGCCGCAGCCACCAGCGCCACCCCAGGUGCCACCAGCUACUCCAGCCAAGGCUGCCGUUUCGUGA